AUGGCUAGCUUUCUAAAACCCAACUUGAAAANCGAAGAAUGGGAUUGUACAGCCUUGUUCCAGGCCACUAUUUACGCGCGGUCCUUCGCUUUGCCUGACAGCGCUGGUCACCACAAGACACUCAGUGAUCUGUAUGUGAAGCCUCAUAAGUUAGCCCUUGGGAGUUUCCAUGUAUCUGUGGUGAGUCCAGGUGGAAAUGACGCUGAGACAUUUGCACUUGCAAUUGAUCAACUUCGACUGCUAAGAAAUUCGCUUUGUCAUUCAACCAGUUCUGAAAUAGUCAAAGCAACAUUUGAUCUAUACUUACAACGUGCCAAAGACGCAUUCAAAGCUCUAGGAGUCAAGACAGAUCCCAUUGAUGUCAUUGAUGGUUUGACUGAGUCGGACUUUCCCACAAAAGAAGUUGGCAAAUUGGAGCAGGCUAUGAAACAGGAGACCCGGGCAUACAUCAAGUUUCUGGAGAGCAUGAGCUCAGAUAUCAACGAGUUAAGAGAGCUAUUAACUGAAAUGAAGGCGCUCAAUGCAGGUAAAGAAGACAUCGCCCGAUUGGAACAAAAGGUCAAUGAUCUGAGUGAAGUUACAGCUCAAGACAAGCCAGGUUCAAGGCCAUCUCUGCCAAAGUCAUGUCUCCCACCAACGGUUCCACACUUUACUGGCCGCCAGAGGGAGUGUGAAGAAAUCGCUGGUCACGUGGCUUCUGGAUCCACG